CGAACUCGUCUCAGCCGGCAAUUCGCAUUCGACCGACGUCUUGGUUUAAAAGAGUCUCGGGGAUUUGAGUUUUGAAGAUGACUUGACUUCUGCCGACUGGAGUGAGAUUAAUAUUUCAGCGAUAAUCUUAAGAAGAUAAAUCAUUUUUUUUCCGAUAUAUUUCGAGAUAUAUUUCGAGAUAUAUAAAACGAAGAAUACGAUCCUGAAGGAUUAUUCCUAAAGGAUAUACGCGAGUGAUACAAAAAUUAUUUUGCUUGUUGUUGUUGAGAGUGUUAUUUCUAAUUUUUGGAGAUAAAAAGUUUUAAAAAAGUUCACGAAGAAGAAGAGGAAGAAGAAGUUUUGUCAACGAAUUUGAAGAGAAAAUAAUUCAAAAGGGAUCAGAAUACUGAUCCCUAAUAAACCCUCCAUCUUUUGGAACGUUUUUUUGUUGUGAAACAUCAAUUUCGAACGUUUUUUUUUCUAAAUCACAAUGAAGCGACAACAACAACAACAGCAGCAGCAACAACAACAACAACAACAACAACAACAGAUACAGCAACAACAACAGCAACAAUAUACGCAACAAAGAACCGAACGACAGGUUACUCGACAACAGAUCACCAGUCAGCAGAGAGUUCAAGGGGAAAUAGUGAUGCAAACGGCACCAACGAUACCAACAUUUACCGGAAGACCAGGUGAUCCGUCGCCACCGGUAUUCGAACAGAUAUUUAAAAAUGCAAGAUUUGCUCAAGGUGGCAAUGCCAUAUUCGAGGGAUGCGUACGUGGUAAUCCAAAACCUAACGUUACUUGGACUCACAAGGGUGUACCUUUAUUGGAAUCACGAAAAAUUCGGAUGUCUUAUGACGACAAAACUGGUGUUGUUACUUUACAAAUCAAUCAAAUAGGUCCGGGAGAUGAAGGUGAAUACACGUGUAGUGCCAAAAAUCAAUAUGGAGAAGCUAUCUGCUCGGUGUAUAUUCAACCUGAAGGAUUCGGUGCUCCACCUCAACAAUUAGGUAGUUACAAAAAGGAAAUUACUCAAAGUUUCCAAACAACUGAACAAAAAACUGGCACCCAAAGUUUCCAACAACGCAGUUAUCAACAAUCCUACGACAAACGAAGUUAUGUCAAUGGAACCUCCAGCAUCGAAGAUUUCAAAGUGGAUACUUUUGAAUAUAGAUUAUUGCGCGAAACGGAAUUUCGAGAAUCGAUUACUCGUCGUUUUGUUGGCGAAUCUGAUGCGCAAAUCUCAACAGUGGUUGAUCGCAAUCUGGGUCCGGUUGCACCAGCACAAAUUACCCAAAAACCGAGAAAUUCUAAACUCAUUGAAGGAUCCGAUGCUGUUUUUACAGCUAAAGUUACAGGAAAUCCCAAACCAAGGUUGACUUGGUUUAAAAAUGGUCAAAGGAUUCGUGAAUCUCAACGAGUUGAAAUGAGUUAUUCAAAUCAGCAAGCAACAUUGAAGAUUAGGGUAGCAUUACCAGAAGACAGUGGCCAUUACACUUUACUAUCUGAAAAUCAACAAGGUUGCACAGUAAGUUCAGCAUAUUUGGCCAUUGAAUCAAGUGAUCAAGUUGAUCAAGCUGUACAUCAAAUGCAACAAAGAGAAAUUGUUAAAAGUCAACAAAUUGAUUCAUCGUCAUCAGAAUCGGAAACUGGUAAAGUUCUUCCACCUAAUUUCGUUCGUACUUGCAAUGAUCGAGAAGCUACCGAAGGAAAGAUGACUAGGUUUGAUUGUCGUGUAACUGGUCGACCAUAUCCAGAAGUAACAUGGUACAUCAAUGGUCAACAAGUAGCCAAUGAUUUAACUCAUAAAAUUCUUGUCAAUGAAUCUGGUAAUAACUCUUUGAUGAUUACCAACGUGAAUCGUGCCGAUGCAGGUGUAAUAACUUGCAUUGCUAGAAACAAAGCUGGGGAAACUUCAUUUCAAUGUAAUCUCAAUGUCAUCGAGAAGGAACAAGUUGUAGCACCGAAAUUUGUUGAACGUUUUACCACAACUAAUGUUAAAGAAGGUGAACCUGUUGUAUUUAUGGCACGUGCGGUUGGUACUCCAAUUCCACGAAUCACUUGGCAGAAGGAUGGUGUACCAAUUGCACCUGGUCCAGACGUGCGCAUAUCUAUGGACGACAGUGGGGCAUCAACAUUGGAUAUACCAUGCGCUAAAUUCUCUGAUGCAGCUUGGUAUCAAUGUACCGCACAAAAUGUGGCUGGUUCCACUGCAACCCGAGCACGGCUUUUCGUAGAAACACCUAAAGGAGCCGCACCUGAACCAAGACGCUUGAAUUUACCCCGACCGACUAAAAUCAUCGAACCUGAACCAACACCUGGCCCCGAAGUGAUUUACCUGAGACACGUAGAACGUGCAAAACCAUAUUUGCCACCACCCGAGGAAGAUAAAAUUUAUCCACCUCCACGUUUUAUUAUACCAUUGAGAGACGUUCAUCAAAUUGAAGGUGGACGUAUUCACUUCGAGGCCAGAAUCGAACCGGUGGGUGAUCCCACUAUGAGAGUUGAGUGGUAUGUAAAUGGAAGAGCACUUGAUGCAAGUUCACGAGCUACAUCAAUCUUCCGAUUCGGCUUUAUUUCUCUUGAUUUGAUCAGCAUAGUACUUCAAGAUAGCGGCGAAUAUCUGUGUCGCGUUGUUAGCUCAACAGGAGUUGCCGAAUCCCGUGCCACUCUUAGCGUGACACCACGCGCUACGAUCGAGCAAGCUAGCCAACACCCCGACAGUCUUCAAUAUAUCCAACAGCUGGAGGAUUAUAGCAAAUAUCAAAGGCAGGAGAGCGUGGAGGAGAUAUCUUCUUCCCAACGACCGGUCUUCAUCCGACCACUCCAGGAUCUUGGUGAGCUACAGGAAGGUCGUAACGCUCAUUUCGAGGCUCAGUUGACACCUGUUAGUGACCCCACCAUGAAAGUGGAGUGGUACAAGGAUGGUAGACCAAUCACAGCUAGUUCAAGAAUCACAACCAUCUUCAACUUCGGAUACGUCUCGCUCAAUAUAUUGCACCUACGGGCUGAAGAUGCAGGUUCUUAUACAGUCAAAGCUAUGAAUCGUUUGGGAGAAGCUAUCAGCUCCGCGACUCUUCGUGUCUUUGCUAGAACUAGUGUAACAACAGAUUUAGGUAUUCCUGAGCAACAGAGAUAUAUUGAAGCUGCCGAGGAAUUGGAAGCUUAUCAACAGGCUAUUCAUCAAAAAUAUGUCCAAGAACAGCCUGAACCGACUAGCCCACCGGAAUUUAAAUCUCCUAUUAAAGAUCAAAAUGGAAUACGAGAAGGUGGGUUUGCUCAUUUCGAGGCCCGUUUAGAGCCAGUUGGGGACGCUGAUUUACGCGUCGAGUGGCUCAAAGAUGGACGCCCAGUAGAAGCCAGUUCAAGAAUAACAACAUUCUUUAAUUUUGGUUACGUUGCAUUAACUAUUAAAUACGUGACGAUUCAUGACGUUGGCAUUUACACAUGCCGUGCUUACAACAGAGUUGGUGAGGCCCAUACAACAGCACAAUUAAGCGUCAUUAGCAAAAACGAUGUCAUUUAUGACAGUCAACAUCCAACUGGAUUACAAAGAAUCCAAACUCUUGAGGAUUCUAGCAAAUAUAUGCGUCAAGUGCAAGAAGAAGUACAGGUUAAACAAGCACCACGUUUCUUAGGCACAUUGAAAGGAACUAAUAAAAUUGUGGAAGGUCAGAGAGCCCAUUUUGAAGCUCGUGUCGAACCUCAGAGUGAUCUUACUAUGAAAAUCGAGUGGUAUCAUAAUGGCAAACCCAUUACUGCUGCUAAUAGGAUUCAAACUUAUCAUGAUUUUGGAUAUGUUGCUAUUGAUAUUCUUCAAGUUAGACCUGAAGAUGCUGGGACGUAUACGGUGGUUGCUAGAAAUGCUUUGGGUGAAGCUCAACUUUCUGCAACCAUGAUCGUAGAAACACGUUCAAGCGUAGAUACAAGCAGCAUGCACCGUGGUACUUUUGAAAAAACACAACGUCUCGAAGAAUCGAAAUUUAUCGAACCACAAUAUCACAUCGAAGAAAUAUCCAAAUCAAAACCAAUUUUUGUUCAACCAUUGAGUGAUCCAAAACCAGUAAGCGAAGGAAAAAAUAUUCAUUUGGAGUGUCGUUUAGAACCAAUGGGGGAUCCAACUAUGAGAGUAGAAUGGUUCCAAAAUGGACGACCAGUAACAGUUGGUUCAAGAUUUAGAACUUAUUAUGAUUUUGGAUUCGUUGCUUUGGAUAUCGUACAUUCAACUGCUUAUGAUUCUGGAGAAUAUACCGUCAGGGCUACCAAUCAUCUUGGUACUGCUCAUACUUCAGCUUGUGUCAGAGUCAUCGGUAGAUCUGACGUUGUUACUGAAACUCAAAAUGAACAAUCACUUGAACAAAUACAAAUGCUAGAAGAUACAUCCAGAUAUCGUAAAACUCAACAAGAAGAAGUCACCGUAAUGCAAGCCCCUCAAUUUACUCGAGCAUUGCAUAACAUUGAAACUGUCGAAUUAACCAACGUCCAUCUCGAGUGUCGUCUUCAACCAGUUGGUGAUGCAACUAUGAGAGUAGAAUGGUUCGUCAAUGGAAGACCAGUUAAAACUGGACACCGUUUUAGACCCUCUUACGAAUUUGAUUAUGUUGCAUUGGAUAUUCUUGGUGUAUAUCCUGACGAUUCUGGAGUUUACACUUGUCAAGCAACUAAUCAAUUGGGUGAAGCUGUCACCUCGUGUUCGGUUCGAGUACACGCUAAGAAAGAUCUCUUGUUAGAAUCUCAACAUCCAGAAGGUUUAGAAAGAAUACAAUAUUUGGAAGAUGCUUCCCGUUAUAAAAGACAUGAAUUGGUUGACGAAGUUGUCACAGUUAAACCCAAAUUUGUUACUAGUCCUAAAAAUCAAGAAAAUCUUCGGGAAGGACAACACGCUCAUUUCGAGUGCAAACUUGAACCCGUAACUGAUUCCAAUUUGAAAGUAGAAUGGUAUAAGAAUGGUCGUCCAGUUACAAUAGGACACCGAUUCCGUCCAAUCCACGAUUUUGGUUACGUUGCAUUGGACGUGAUCGAUUUGAUCGCUGAAGAUUCUGGAACGUACACAUGCCGAGCUGUCAAUCUUGUCGGUAGCGAUGAAGUAUCCUGCACAUUGUCAUGCCGUUCAACUGCACAAAUUUUAACCGAUACCCGUAACGAAAGUGGCCUUGAACAGAUUCAUUAUCUCGAGGAUCGUUCCAAGUAUCAUCGUCAAGAAGUUAUCGAAGAAACUACGACACAAGCACCGAUAUUUACAACUUCAUUGAACAAUGUUGAAAUAAAGGAAGGACAAAGAGCUCAUUUCGAGUGCAGAUUAAUACCAGUGUCAGAUACGACGAUGAAAGUUGAAUGGUUUCAUAAUAAUAUGCCAGUUAAAGCUGGAUCAAGAUUUGUUGAGACCAAUAGUUUUGGUUUCGUUGCGUUGGAUAUCAUGUAUGCUUAUCCAGAUGAUUCUGGUACAUACACAUGUCGUGCUAAAAAUAUUAUUGGUGAAGCUAUUACAUCAGCAACUGCUGUAGUACAUUCGAAAAAAUCAAUUUACAUGGAAUCCCAUAACGAGGAAGCUUUGGAAAGACUUCGUUACUUGGAAGAUACAUCACGUUACCAACGUAAAACCGUACAAGAAGAAACGGUCACCCAAGCACCAAUUUUCACGAUGCCGAUCAAAGAUUUACGAGUUGCUGAAAAUCAAGCGGCUCACUUUGAAGCACGUGUCAUACCUGUUGGUGAUUCCAAACUCAAAGUUGAAUGGCUUCGUAACGGUGUACCCAUUGCUGCUUCAAAUCGGGUAACAACUAUGCACGAUUUUGGAUACGUCGCAUUGAACAUGAAGUACGUGAACCCUGAAGAUUCUGGUACUUACACUUGCCGUGCUACAAACGAUUUAGGAGAAGCCGUAACUUCAGCAACACUUUUCGUACAAUCAAAAGCAGCCCUGCAAUUCGAGUCUCAACACGAAAGUUCAUUGUCAAAACUACAAGCCCUGGAAGACACAAGCAAAUAUCAACGUCGUGAAGAAGAAGAGAUAGUUGUGAAAGAAAAACCUUCAUUUACUGUUCAAUUAAAUGGACCUUCGAAAUUAGUCGAAGGACAAAGUGCACAUUACGAGUGCCGUAUAGAACCCUAUCCUGAUCCGAACAUGAAGGUGGAAUGGUUCCACAAUGGUAAACCAUUGACCACCGGUCACAGGUAUAGAACAGCUUGUGACUUUGGCUUCGCAUCUUUGGACAUUCUGACAGUUUAUUCUGAGGAUUCCGGCACUUACACCUGCCAGGCCACCAAUAAACUGGGAUCGGCCAAGAGUUCGAUAAAUCUUGAAGUUAAAUCACGUUCAUCUAUCAUUCGCGAAACCCAACAUGAAAGUGCACUUAAGAAGAUACAAUAUCUUGAAGAUGAUUCUCGUUACAAACGUACCGAGGAAGAAGAUUUUAUAAUUGCUGAAAAGCCUAAAUUUGGUAGACCAUUGAAGAAUAUCGAACAUUUACCAGAAGGCAAAAGUGCUCAUUUAGAAGCAACAUUAACACCAGUUAAUGAUCCAACUAUGAUCGUUGAAUGGUUCAGAGAUGGUAGACCUGUACCUCAAGGACACAAAUUUAAAACUACUUAUGAUUUUGGAUAUGUUGCUUUGGAUAUACUUUAUGCUUACCCAGAAGAUUCUGGUACUUACAUGUGCAAAGCCAGAAAUGCUGUUGGGGAAGCUGUCACCACGUGUGUCAUCAGCGUAGACUCUAAACAAGGUCUUUAUUUGGAUACAUUGGAUGCACAACGUUUACAAAAGAUUCGUGAAUUAGAAACUGUUGAGAUUAAAGAAGAAAUUGAAAAGGAAGUUGUUCAUCAAAAACCUGUAUUUUUAACCCCAUUAAACAAUCUGGAUCAUUUAAAGGAAGGUGAACACGCACAUUUGGAAUGUCGCGUAGAACCCAUCAACGAUCCAAAUUUGAAGAUCGAAUGGUUUGUAAAUGGGGUGGCAGUAAGAACUGGUCAUCGUUUCCGUACAACACACGAUUUUGGUUAUGUUGCAUUGGAUAUAUUGUAUACUUAUCCAGAAGAUGCAGGUACUUACAUGUGCAAAGCAACCAACUUGGCUGGAGAAGCUGUUAAUACCUGCACAAUUAAAGUUGGCUCUCGUCGCAGUAUACUUUUGGAUACUCAACAUCCAGAUGGUUUAGAAAAGAUUCGUGAACUCGAAGCUCAUGGUCAUCCUGCAAGAUUAGAAGUUGAAGAACCACCAGUAACCCCACCCAGAUUUGUUUCUGAACUUAGGGGUACUACUGAAGUUUAUGAGGGUCAAACAGCACACUUCGAAUGCCAAGUUGAACCACUUCACGAUGCCAAUUUACGAAUUGAAUUCUAUCACAAUGGCAAACCAUUACCAUCAGCAUCCCGUUUCCAUAUGACAUUUGAUUUUGGUUACGUUGCAUUGGACAUCAGUCAUGCAGUACCAGAAGAUGCAGGACAAUAUUCCGUUAAAGCAAUCAACACAUUAGGACAAUGUGUUUCUUCAAUCGAACUUAAAGUAAUACCCCGUGACAAUAUAAUCUUGGAUUCACAAAGACCAGAAGGAAUGGACAAGAUUCGUGAGCUUGAAGCACAACAACCAUGGAAAAGACCAGACAUACCGGAACCACAAACUAGACAACGACCUGUCUUUACACAACCCUUACAAAAUAUCGAUGCUAUACCCGAAGGUCACACAGCUCAUUUCGAAUGCAGAUUGAUACCUGUUGGUGAUCCUACACUAAAAGUUGAAUGGUUUAGGAAUGAAGUACCUUUGGAAACAAGUUCACGUAUAACAAAGGUUCACGAUUUUGGAUACGUGGCUUUGGAUAUUACACAUGUUCGUGAUGAAGAUGAAGGUGUUUACAUGUGUCGUGCUUCUAAUCCACUUGGAGAAGCAGUUACUACAGCAUCGAUGAAAAUAAAAACUAAGGCCAGUAUACAAUUGGAUACUCAACACCCAGAAGCACAACGUAGAAUUGCACAAUUGGAAGCUGAUAAAGGACCUAGUCGUGCUGAAGAACCAGAUAAGGUUUUCGACAAGCCAAUAUUUACUCAAUUAUUAACUGGACCAACAGAACUUUGGGAAGGUCAGCUUGCCAGAUACGAAUGUAGAGUUGUACCCGUGGGUGAUGCCAGUUUGAGAUUUGAAUGGUACAUGAAUGGAGUCGAGUUAAAAAUGGGAUCUCGCUUCCAUGUAAAUCAUGAUUUUGGUUAUGUAACAUUGGACAUAUUGAAAGUAAUACCAGAAGAUUCUGGUGUAUAUACUUGUAAGGCUAUCAACAAAAGUGGUGAAGCUGUUUCGUCGAUUUCAUUGAAAGUUAAAGCACGUUCUGCAAUUGAUGCUCAAAGUAUACAACCGGACGCAUGGCAAAAGAUUCAACUAAAGGAAGCUGAAAUGAAUAAAGUACCAGAGAUGUUCGUUGAUACAACUCCACAACAAGCACCAGUUUUCACCAAACAUUUAGAAAGUUAUGAUAAAUUGAUUGAAGGACAACACGUUUAUCUAGAAGCUCAAGUAGAACCAAGAGCUGAUCCUAAUUUGAGAGUAGAAUGGUUCAAAAAUGGUAUAUCAUUGCAAACCGGUACAAGAUUACGUAGUACAUUUGAUUUUGGUUUAGUCACGUUGUCCAUUAAUGGUUUGAGACCAGACGAUUCAGCAAUUUAUACUUGCAAAGCUACAAAUUUACUUGGAGAAGCUGUGUCUACUUGUAGUUUGAAGAUCGUGGAUCGUCAUUGGCUUCUUGGUGAUACUCUUCAUCCAGACGCAUUACCUAAAAUCGAUGCUCUUGAACAACCACAAGUUGGUACUACUGAACAACCUGAACCAACAUACGAAGAACCAGUUUUCAUAACCCACUUGAACAAUGUUGAAUGCGUCGAAGGUGACAACGUUCAUUUCGAGUGUAACGUAGAACCAUCGAAGGAUCCAACUAUGAAGAUCGAAUGGUUCAUGAAUGGCAAACCAUUACCAACUGGUGCCAGAUUUAAAUCAACAUACGAUUUUGGAUACGUUGCACUCGAUAUUACUCAUAGUUACGAAGAGGAUUCAGGUAUCGUAACAGUCAAAGCAACUAACUCUAAAGGAACAGCACAAACAUCUGGAACACUUAAAUGUACCAGCAAACAAAGUAUUUACCUACAAACCCAACAUCCGCAAGGUGAAGCUGGUCUGGAAAAAGUUAAAGAAGCUGAAGAUGCAUAUCUAUCCAAAUACAGAAGACCCGAUGCUAAACCUGAACACGAAUACCCCAAACCAAUUUGGACUGUACCACUUCAACCAGAAUUCAAAUUGGGUGAAUCUGAACCUCUUCAUCUGGAAGGUCAAGUCGAACCAAAAGAUGAUCCUGAUCUGAAAAUCGAAUGGUAUUUCAAUGGUAAAGCAUUAGAACAUGGUGCCCGUUUCAAGAUGACCAGCGAUUUUGGAUUUGUUACCUUGGAUUUGACUGAUGUUUAUGAUCGUGAUUCUGGUAUUUAUACUUGCAAAGCUUAUAACAAAGUUGGAGAAGCUUUUACAUCUACUACGGUAUAUUGUUCAACUAAAGAAAGUGUUAUCGAGAAAUCUCAACAUCCAAAAGGUAAGGAAGGUUUGGAAGCCAUUCAAGAUCUUGAAGAAUCACUGAAACGACAGGAAGGUGGUUUACCAGAAAGCGAAGAAGGACACCCACCUGUUUUCACAUCACAAUUCGAGAACCUGACCAAUCUAUCUGAAGGUGAGAUUGCUCAUUUCGAAGCAUCGUUAACACCAACUGGUGAUCAGACAAUGGUAGUCGAAUGGUUCUAUAAUGGUAAACCAUUGGAAGCUAGUCAUCGUACUAGAACCGUUUAUGCAUUCGGAAUGGUCGUGUUGGAAGUUCUGGGAACUAAAAUUGAAGAUUCUGGUACCUAUUCUUGCAGAGCUACAAACAAAUGGGGUAAAGCGGAAAUUAGUGUUGAAUUAGAAUGCGUAGACAAAUCUAAAGGACAAAAACCAAAAUUCACGACCCAUAUACAAUCCUUGGAAGGUUUGAAAGAUGGACAAUCUGUACACUUCGAAUGCACUCUCAUUCCUGUUGGUGAUCCACAUAUGAAAGUUGAAUGGUUCCACAAUGGAAAACCACUCAGACAUUCUUCACGUUUCAAGAUGGUUUCUGAUUUUGGAUUCGUCGUAAUGGACAUUGCUGGAGUCAUGUCACACGACACUGGUGAAUACGUAUGCAAAGCAAGCAACAAAUAUGGCGAGGAUUAUACGAAAGCAACCAUCAAAUGUUUCGGUAAAAGUGGAGUAUACUUGGAUUCAUUGCAACCUGAUUCUCUUGCUAGGAUUCGUGAACUUGAAAGUUAUGGUGGUGAACAACCAACAACACCGACAACACCUGUUGCCGAACCACCCAAAUUUAUUACCCAAAUUGCUGAUAUCACGAAACUGGUUGAAGGACAAUCUGCUCAUUUCGAGGCCAGAUUGACACCUGUUAAUGAUCCAGAUUUGAAAGUGGAAUGGUAUUAUAAUGGCAAAAAACUACCGCAUGGUCAUCGUUACAGAACUUUCCAUGAUUUUGGUAUAGUCAUUCUUGACAUACUUUAUUGUUACGAAGAAAAUUCCGGUGUAUACGAAUGUAGAGCAUUUAACAAGUACGGCGAGGAUACAACUAAGGCUACUUUGAAGUGUUUCUCAAAGUCCAGUCUUAUCUUGGAAUCUCAAUUACCAAAAGGAAUGGAAGGUGGUUUAGAAAAGAUUCAAACCUUAGAAGAUUCUAUGAUUCGUACCAAAGAUGAGAAAACUGUUGAAGAACGUGGAAAAGCUCCAGUUUUCACUGUACCUUUAAGCAACAUCGAUGGUCUUCGUGAAGGUGAAAGUGCACACUUCGAAGCCAGACUUACACCUACCGAUGAUCCAAGAUUAAAGGUUGAAUGGUUCUGGUAUGGUAAACCACUUCGAACAGGAUCACGAUUUCGAACAUUCUGUGAUUUCGGUUUCGUUAUUUUGGAGAUCUCACCAAUUUACCCUGAAGAUUCCGGAGAAUAUAGCUGUAGAGCAACUAACGAUUACGGUGAAGCAGUAACCACGUGUACUAUGAAAUGUACAGGAAAACGUAGUAUCAUUCUUGAAUCGCAAUUACCAAAAGGUAUGGAAAGUACGAUCGAUAAGAUAGCCGAACUUGAAGGUCUUGGAAAUGAACCAGGCCAACCAACUCCUGACGAUGAUACGGGAAAACCACCUGAAUUCAUCACAACUCCAUCAGAUUUAACACUUGCUGAGAAUUCUUUAGCUCAUUUCGAAUGCAGACUCGUACCCAUCAACGAUUCCAGUAUGAGAGUCGAAUGGUUCCAUAAUGGAAAGCCUUUAUUAGCUGGUACAAGAAUAAAAACCAUUCAUGACUUUGGUUUUGUCAUUUUGGAAGUAGCCAAUUGUUAUCAAAGAGAUUCUGGUCUUUACACGUGCAAAGCAACUAAUCGUCACGGGGAAGCAACCGUUUCCUGUAAAUUGCAAAUUCGUGGUCGUCAAGGUAUCAUCUUGGAACCACAAUUACCAAGCAAUUUCAAGACUGGUACUGAAAGUAUUCAAAAAUUAGAAGAAUCCCUUUACAAGAAAGAUGAAAUCUUAGCUGAAGAAGAAACACCUAAUCCACCAAGAUUCAUCGUUGAAUUAAAAGACAUCGAAGUUGAGGAAUCUGGUCCAAGUCAUUUCGAUUGUAGAGUUGAACCAGUCGGUGAUCCAACUAUGCGUGUUGAAUGGUACCACAAUGGUAGACCAUUUGCAACUGGUUCUCGCGUACAUCAGAUAAAUGACUUUGGUUUUAUUUCAUUGGACAUGUCUUACACAUAUGCUAGGGAUAGUGGUGAAUAUGUUUGCAGGGCUACCAACAAAUGGGGUACUGCAACAACUAAAGCAACCAUAACAUGUAAAUCUAAGAAAACGAUAGAUUUCGAUUCCCAAUUACCAUCAGGCAUGAGUGGAGAAAAAUUAAAGGAAUUAGAACGUGGACCUAUCAGUGAACCACCAGCUGAGGAAGCACCACGUGAACCACCACGUUUUAUUACACAGAUUCAAUCAGCUACAGUUGACGAAUCAGAACCAGUCAGGUUCGAAUGUAGAGUGGAACCAAAAGAUGAUCCUAACUUACGCAUUGUAUGGUACAGAAAUGGAAAGCUUAUUCCUGCUGGUCACAGAUACAGAACUGUCUACGAUAUGGGUUUCGUAUCUAUGGAUAUUUUGUACGUGUAUCCUGAAGAUUCUGGUGAAUAUGUUUGCAAAGCUAUCAAUGAUCUUGGUGAAGAUACUACAAAAGCAUCCGUGUCUUGCAAGAAACUACCAAGUAUCAUUCUUCAAAAUCAAGUACCAAAAGGCAUGAAAAAAUCAGAAGCUUUGAUGCAAAUGGAAGCAACUAUUAAAAAGUACACCUCAGAAGUUCAUUUGACUGAAGAUGACCUUUACGAUGCUGAUAAAAAACAACCACCACGUUUCGUCACUCAAAUACAGGAUCAAGUUGAACUAGUUGAAAUGAACAGUACCAAAUUUGAAUGUCAAUUGGCACCAGUUGGUGAUCCAAAUAUGAAAGUUGAAUGGUUCUUCAAUGGCAAACCACUGCCCCAUAAAAACAGAUUUACACCAAUCUACGAUUUUGGUUAUGUUGCUAUGAACUUUGGUUGGGUUUAUCCUGAGGAUAGUGGAGAGUAUCUUUGCAGGGCUACCAAUUUAUACGGAAUGGAUGAAACUAGAGCUGUUAUUCGUACAGCAGGAAAACCUGGUAUCAUUUAUGAGUCCCAAUUACCAAAGGGUAUGAAGAGUAUUGAAAAAAUUCGUGAAAUGGAAGCAGCAUGGCAGAUUGUUCCUGAAGAUGAAGGUGAAGAAGAAAAGGUACGUGCACCACCGGUAUUCGUUAGCAAACCAGAACCAGUUACUGUUGAGGAAGGUGACUGUUCAAGAUUUUGUUGCCGAGUUACGGGUCACCCAAGACCACGUGUUAUGUGGAUUCUUAAUGGACACACUGUUGUUAAUGGAUCACGUUACAAGUUGACAUAUGACGGCAUGUAUCAUCUUGAUAUUCCAAAAACCAGACAAUAUGAUCACGGAAAGGUUGAAGUAAUCGCAAGAAGUUCAGUUGGGGAAUCACGUACGGAAACAUUUUUAACUGUUAAACAACGUAGCGACGAUUAUCGUGGUGUAUUGAAGAAUUCACCGAGACCUUGGUACGAUUAUGGACUAACCCAAUACCAAUCGGAGAGACAGAACACAGAACUCGAGCGUGUAUUUGAAGAACGUCAUCAAACAGUAUCACAAGGUGUUGAAAUUGCUACGGAACAUCUUGGACAAAAGGUAUUCAAAGAACCUGAAGCAGAAUGGCAAAAAUCUGUUAAGAGUAAAAAGAAUGAGGAUUAUUAUCAAAAAUUGAUGAGCUUGGAAGAGGAACAAGUAUUAAAGGAAUCCAGAUUGAGGGAAUCUUCUCAUCAAUUUGCAAUACCUGGUGACAAAGUUGUAUCAAGUUCUAUGGCCAAAGGAAUGGCACAAAAAUAUCAAGAAAGUCUUGAAACGCAGGAUAUAAAAGAAACAACUCAACCACCACCACAAGCAAAAUUCGUGAAGAAACCACACGUAACCGAGGUAGAUAUCGAUACUGAACGUGUAAAGGGUACUGGAAGGUACCCACCAGAACCUUCAGAAUCACUGGUUCAUGGACGAGAAGUUCACGUUGCUAAACAAAAACAAACUCAGAAAGAAGUAAAAGGUGAUUUAGAAAUAACCAGAAAAAUCACAGCAACUGAGACAACUGAAGUUGAACACAAAGCUCAAACUCAAGAACGUGUUGUUCAAGGACAAGUGAAACCUGCUAAACCUCCAGUUUUUACGAAAAAGAUUCAACCAUGUAGAGCAUUCGAACAGGAACAAGCAAGAUUUGAGGUUGAAUUUGACGGUGAUCCAUUGCCAACCAUUAAAUGGUACAGGGAAGAUUUUCCAAUUAAAAAUUCACCUGAUUUACAAAUUUAUACGUUCAGUACGAAAUCUGUAUUGAUCAUUCGUCAAGUAUUUAUGGAAGACUCAGCAGUUUUUUCAGUCAUUGCUGAAAAUCGCGGAGGUAAAGCUAAAUGCAGUGCCAAUUUGGUUGUUGAGGAACGUAGAAGACAACCUGGUAGAGGUGGAAUCGUACCACCCAGUUUUCUAUCAACAAUUCAAAAUACUUCAGUGACAACUGGACAAUUGGCAAGAUUCGAUGCCAAAGUUACUGGUACCAAACCUUUGGAUGUUUAUUGGUUGAAGAAUGGUAAAAAAGUGACGGCUGAUAUUCGUUAUAAGACAUUAGAAGAAGAUAACAUUUACACCUUGCUCAUUUUGGAAACGAUACCAGACGAUUCGGGUAAAUACGAAUGCGUUGCAAUAAACAGUGCAGGUGAAGCCCGUUGUGAUGCUGAAUGUACAGUUCGAGGACCACAAUCACCAACAAAAACGGCCAAACCAACAACACCUGGUGUUGAAAAAGCACCUGCUGUAUUAGAACCACUCAAAGAUCAAACAAUCAAGGAAGGAACUUCAGUUGCAUUUGCAUGCAAAAUUACAGGAAAACCUGUACCCACUGUUCAGUGGAAAAAAGGUGACAAGGUAAUCAAACCGUCGAAAUAUUUCCAAAUGCAAAAGGAUGGUGAUCUUUGUACUUUGAAAAUAACUGAAGCAUUUCCUGAAGAUGAAGGUGUUUACAAAUGCAUCGCCAAAAAUCCUGCCGGUGAUGUUACAACAUCUGCAAAUUUGAGAGUUCUUGCUCCGGAUGCGGCUGACAUUUUGCCUAAAUUAUCACCGUUAAAAGAUCAAAUAGUUUCUGAGGGACAACCGGCCCAAUUUAAAACUCAGGUUACACCAGCUAAACCAAAGCCAACGAUUCAAUGGUACAGGGAAGGUGCCCUUAUACCUCAGUCGCCCGAUUUUCAGAUGAUUCAUGAGGGCAACAACGCUGUAUUGUUAAUCGCAACAACUUACGAAGAGGACACUGGUACGUUCAGUUGCAGAGCUACAACCUCGGCCGGUACCGUAGAAACAUCUGCGAAACUCAUCGUCAAAAAAAGAAAAGGGACUUAUUACAAAGUUCCAGCAGAAUCGGGGCCAGGUUAUAAAACUGAUGAUAAAUUUGUGGAUGGUAUUGAGAAAGGAAAGGAUGUGAUAUUAGAACCAUUGUUAUUGGAUGAGGAAGGUUUACCGAUCGAUGAUAAACCUCUUCAACCAGGUGAUGAAACUUUACCUUGGCGAAUAGGUCGUGUUAGUCAUAGACCUAGAAUUACAAGUGUAACACCAUGGAGAAAAGAUAAACCAAAAUCUAAGGAUUCGUCAUUGGACAAAUUGCAAUUGGUUGUUGAAGGUGAAAAGAAAUCUUGGAUAGAAGAACAAAUCGUUUUGAAAAAGACUGAACAUAGGAUACGAGAUAUUCCUAAAGAAACUUUGGAACAAGUUGAAUUGAAACCUACGAAAAUUGAUAGAAAAGAAAUCAGAAGACCCAGUCAAGAAACUGUGACGUUGAAACCAGUAAUCAAAGAUGUUACAUUGGGAAGGAAAGAAGUGUCUGAAGUUUCACGGAUUGAAGAAACUUCUAAAGAAUUGUAUGUUGAAGAAGAAGAUGAUAAACGUUUACAAUUGUCACGUAAAGUGGAUGAAACGAUUACCAAAAAGGAUGAAGAUCAAAAACCCAAAAAAAGUGAACCCACUAAGAAAACAAUUUCGAAGAAAGAUGAAAGAAUCGAACACUUUGAAGAACAAGAAGAUACGACACUUUUGGAUUUAUCUAAGAUAUCUGAAGAAAAGAAGAUAACAAAAGACAAAAUAAUUUCUGAACAAGUAGAACAACCUAAACCUUGGACUGAAGAAAAAGUAACGUUGAAGAGAGCUAAAGUUGAAAGAAAAGAAUUGGUCAAAGAAAAACCAGAAACUAUUAAAUUAAAACCAUCGAGACCCGUCAAAACUGAAAUACAAAAACCAGAACUUGAAGAAGUUGAUCUUAAACCGGUUAUUAAGGAAUCAAAAGAAGAAUAUCGUGACGAUGAAAGUACCAAAUUAAUUCGUGUUUCUAAUGAGGUCAAAGAAACGAGAAAAUUAUCGAAGGAAGAUAUUGAAAUGAAACCUUGGACUGAAGAAAAAAUUACAUUGAAAAAAUCUAAACCUGAUAAAAAAGAAAUUCCCAAAGAAGAAAUUGAAAAUGUUGAUUUGAAAGCAGUGAAAAAAGAAACGAUCGAAAAGAAAUUAACACAGAAAGAUGAAACUGAACAAUAUGUCGAACAAGAUGAUGGAACAAGGUUGACUGUAACUUCAGAAACUGACGUGAGUGUUAAAACUGAAUCAAAAUUGAAAAAGAUCGAAAAGAAACCACAAGUAACCGAGACAAAACCUUGGACUGAAGAAAUGGUGACGCUGAAGAAAACAAAAGUUGAUAAAAAAGAAAUAACGAAAGAAACAUUAGAAGAAGUUGAAUUAAAAUCUGUCAAACCUGAACAAAAGAAAGAAACAACUAAGAAAACGACCAUAGAAUUACAAAAAGUUGAUGACAAAAUUGUAGAAAGUAUCGAAGAACGGGAAGAUAGUAAAUUGUUGAAGAUUCAAAAAGAUACCACGAUAGAUGAACGUAAAACUGAAGAAGGUAUACCAUGGUUGAGAGGACUGAAAAAACCAAAAGACAAAGUACCAUUUGAAGAAAAAGAAGAUACAACUACUCUAAAAAUUGAAAGAGAGGAAGAAGAAACUAAAAAGAAGGAAAUCACAGAAGAAAAACCAGUACCCUGGUUAAGGGGACUUAAGAAACCAAAAGACAAAAUACCAUUUGAGGAAAAAGAAGAUGAAACAACUCUAAAAAUUGACAGAGAAGAAGAAACUGAAAAGAAAGAAGUAAAAGAAGAAACACCUGUACCUUGGAUAAGGGGAAAGAGAAAAGUAGAAAAAGCACCAUACGUUGAGGAAGAAGAUGUUACCAAAUUAACAACUGAUAAAGUUGAAGAGAUUGAACAGGUUCAAAAGGAAACAGCUGUACCAUGGAUAAGGGGAAAGAAGAAGACAGAAAAAGCACCAUACGUUGAGGAAGAAGAUGUUACCAAAUUAACAACUGAUAAAGUUGAAGAAACUGAACAGGUUCAAAAGGAAACAGCUGUUCCAUGGAUUCGAGGUAAAAAACCAAAGAAAGAAUUGGCACCUGAAGAAAAAGAAAAGGAAGAGGAAGCACCUAAGGAGGAAGUUUCUACACUUCCUUGGUUACGUGAGAAAAAAUUAAAAAAGCCAUUGGAAAAACCAUUGGAUGAAGAAAAGGAAAAGCCACGUGAGAAAACAGAAAUUACGAUGUCAAUUAAACCUGAGGAAAAACCAUUAGAGAAGGAAACACCUGUUGAAACUUCAACUGCACCUUGGCGUCGUGAAAUGAAAAAGAAACCAACGCAAGAAGCACCAAAACCUGAGGUGGUACCUAUGAAAGUGGAAGAAACGAAACAACCAAUUAAAAAAGAUGAACAGGUUAUCGAAGAUUUUAGGAGGUUAAGUUUGAAACCAACUAGACGUAGUAGCAGACAAUUGGAACAGGAAGAAAUGGAAAGACCAACGCUUAAACCUGUUGUACCAACUCCACAAGAACAAUUGAAACCAGAGAGUACGGAAAAAUUGGUAAAUGGAGAAAAGGUUGAAGAAAAAACAGAGCUUCCUUGGAGACGUGGAAGAAAACAAUCAGCAAAACCAAUACCAGAAAGUACAACUGAAAUCAUUCCUAAAGAAAAAGAAACACCUAAAGAAACGGAAGUUACACCUAAAGUUACGUUGAUUAAGAAACAGAAAGUACCGGAAGAAGCAAAACCAGAGGAAGUGAUGUUGAAACCAGUUACGAGAAUACCAAAAGAAGAAGAAAUGAAAGAGGAGAUAACUUUGAAACCAAUUGUCAGAAGGAAGCCUGAAGAAGAGGCACCAGAAGAGGUGAAAUUGAAACCUGUUAGGAAGGAAACGGUGCCCGAAGAAGUUAAAUCAGAGGAAGUAACACUGAAACCAGUAGUCAAGAAGAAGCCUGAAGAAGCGCCAGAGGAAAUUAAAUUGAAGCCUGUAAGAAAAGAAAAAAUUAUCCCAGAGGAAGUUAAACCGGAAGAGGUUACGUUGAAACCAAUCAAGCGACUUCCUAAAGAAGAAGAAACUAAGGAGAAAAUAACAUUGAAACCUGUUAAACGAUUACCUAAAGAGGAAGAAACUAAAGAAGAAGUUAAACUCAAGCCUUUUAGAAAGGAAAAACCAGAAGAAGAAGCACCAGAGGAGGUUAAGCUUAAGCCUAUAAGAAAAGAAAAGGCUCCAGAAGAGAUUCAACCUGAGGAAGUGCAAUUAAAACCAGUCAAACGUCUUCCGAAAGAAGAACAAAUCAAAGAAGAAGUUAAACUCAAGCCUGUUCGUAAGGAAAAGCCAGAAGAAGCGGCAGAGGAAGUUAAAUUGAAGCCUGUAAGAAAAGAAAAAGUUGUUCUAGAAGAGAUUCAACCAGAGGAAGUGCAGUUGAAACCGGUUAAACGUCUUCUUAAAGAAGAAGAAACUAAGGAGGAAGUCAAACUUAAACCUGUUAGAAAAGAAAAGCCAGAAGAAGAAGCACCAGAAGAAGUUAAAUUAAAACCCGUAAGAAAAGAAAAAGUUCCAGAAGAGGUAAAACCUGAGGAAGUGCAGUUGAAACCGGUUAAACGUCUUCCUAAAGAAGAAGAAACUAAGGAGGAAGUCAAACUUAAACCUGUUAGAAAAGAAAAGCCAGAAGAAGAAGCACCAGAGGAGGUAAAACUAAAACCUGUUAGAAAAGAAAAAGUUCCAGAAGAGAUAAAACCUGAGGAAGUGCAGUUGAAACCGGUUAAACGUCUUCCUAAAGAAGAAGAAACUAAGGAGGAAGUCAAACUUAAACCUGUUAGAAAGCAAAAACCAGAAGAAGAAGCUCCAGAGGAGGUUAAACUUAAACCUGUCAGAAAGGAAAAGGUUCUUGAAGAAAUUCAACCUGAAGAAGUUCACUUGAAGCCAGUCAAACGACUUCCUAAAGAAGAAGCAACUAAGGAGGAAGUCAAACUUAAACCUGUUAGAAAAGAAAAACCAGAAGAGGAAGCUCCAGAAGAGGAAGCUCCAGAAGAGGUUAAAUUGAAACCUGUUAGAAAAGAAAAGGUUCCAGAAGUGGUACAACCUGAGGAGGUGCAGUUGAAACCACUUAAACGACUACCCAAGGAAGAAGAAACUAAAGAGGAAAUAACAUUGAAACCUGUUAAACGAUUACCUAAAGAGGAAGAAACUAAAGAAGAAGUUAAACUCAAGCCUGUUAGAAAGGAAAAACCAGAAGAAGAAGCACCAGAGGAGGUUAAGCUUAAGCCAGUGAGGAAGGAAAAAGUUCCAGAAGACAUCCAACCCGAGGAAAUUACACUAAAACCAGUGAAACGACUUCCCAAAGAAGAGGAAACCAAAGAGGAAGUUAAACUUAAGCCUGUUAGAAAGGAAAAACCAGAAGAGAAAGCACCAGAAGAAGUGAAGUUGAAACCUGUUAGAAAGGAAAAAGUUCCGGAAGAGAUACAACCUGAAGAGGUGCAGUUGAAAUCAGUCAAACGACUUCCUAAAGAAGAAGAAACUAAGGAAGAGGUUAAACUCAAACCUGUUAGAAAAGAAAAGCCUGAAGAAGAAGCACCAGAGGAAGUUAAAUUAAAACCCGUAAGAAAAGAAAAAGUUCCAGAAGAGAUUAAAGCGGAAGAGGUUACGUUAAAACCAUUAAAGCGUCUUCCAAAAGAAGAGGAAACUAAGGAGGAAGUCAAACUUAAACCUGUUAGAAAAGAAAAGCCAGAAGAAGCACCAGAGGAGGUUAAACUUAAACCUGUUAGAAAAGAAAAGGUUCCUGAAGAGGUUCAACCAGAAGAAGUACACUUAAAACCAGUUAAACGACUUCCUAAAGAAGAGGAAACUAAGGAGGAAGUCAAACUUAAACCUGUUAGAAAAGAAAAACCAGAAGAGGAAGCUCCAGAAGAGAUUAAAUUAAAACCUGUUAGAAAAGAAAAGGUUCCAGAAGAGGUACAACCUGAGGAGGUGCAGUUGAAACCUGUCAAACGUCUUCCUAAAGAAGAAGAAACCAAAGAGGAAGUCAAACUCAAGCCUGUUAGAAAAGAAAAACCAGAAGAGGAGGCUCCAGAGGAAAUUAAACUCAAGCCUGUUAGGAAAGAAAAAAUUCCGGAAGAAAUUCAACCAGAAGAAGUGCAUUUAAAACCAGUUAAACGACUUCCUAAAGAAGAAGAAACCAAAGAGGAAGUCAAACUCAAGCCUGUUAGAAAAGAAAAACCAGAAGAGGAAGUUCCAGAGAAAAUUAAACUCAUGCCUGUUAGGAAAGAAAAAAUUCCGGAAGAAAUUCAACCAGAAGAAGUGCAUUUGAAACCAAUUAAACGACUUCCUAAAGAAGAAGAAACGAAAGAGGAAAUAACAUUGAAGCCAGUUUUCAGAAAGAAACCUGAAGAAGAGGCUCCAGAGGAAGUUAAGCUCAAGCCAGUUAGAAAAGAAAAAAUUCCUGAAGAAAUAAAACCAGAAGAAGUGCAUUUGAAACCAGUCAAACGACUUCCUAAAGAAGAAGAAACCAAAGAAGAAAUAACCCUAAAACCUGUAGAAAAGAAAAAACCAGAAGAAAAAGUUCCAGAAGAAGUCAAACUGAAACCAGUCAUAAAAGAAAAGAAACCCGACGAAGCCAAAUCUGAAGAACUUGUUCCCGUUUCGGUUAUUGAAAAACCGGAAGAAGAGAAACCAGAAGAAGUUAGUAUAUUCCCAUGGCGACGUGGUAGAAAAACGAAAAAGGUUGUUGAUUUUAAGGAAGAGGUUACUGUAGUUCCAAUCGAUCAAGAACAGGUGAUAACAGAAAUACAUGAAGAAGUCAAAGAAAUAUCCGAAAUAAUUGUACGUCCUAAAGAAAUUGAAGAGACUACAAUAAUUUCUGAAAAAGAAAUUCUAAUCCCUGAGAAAAUAACCGAAAAAACAGAAGAAAAGAUUGAACCAAUUACCGAAAUAAAACAAAUGCCAUGGCGGAAAGCUAGAAAACCUGAGAAAAAAAUCGAAGAAAUUGUACAAGUUGAACAAGUACAGGAAGAUAAAAAAGUUGACGAAGAAAUCGUAGAAAAGACUGAAGUAUCGUGGAGAAAAGUUCGAAGAAAACCCGAAGAAAAACCUUUAGAAAUUACUGAAAAGGUUAUCGAAAUUGUAGAAGAAGUUACAGAAAAACCUGAAGAACCUAAACCAAUUCCAAAAGUUGUAGAAAAGGUUGAAGUAAUAGAGGAAGUAACAGUUGAAACUGUAACAAAGAAACCAGAAAAGAAAGAAAAACCAAAAUUAGAACCAACAAAAGUAGAAGAAAUUCCUGAAAAACCAGAAGAAGUUGAAGAAAUUCGUACAGAUUUGGUAUUGAAAAAACCAAAGAAGAAGGAUAAACCAAAAGAUGAACUUGUUCCACAAUUGAUAACUGAAGAUAAGGAAGUCAUUUCAGAAGAUUUGACUUCUGUCCAAGAUUUCCAAGUAACUCGUAAAGAAACCAUAAUCAAAACCGAAAAGAAACCGCAAGAAAUUGUCCAAGACGAUCAGAAAGUUGAAGAAAUAGUUGAAGAAAAAGUUACGGAAGAAACUAAACGAAGACGUAGACAACGUACACAAGUUGACAUACCAAUUAUAGAUAAAGAUAAAAAGAUUGCGCCAAGAUUCAUCCAAAAAUUGCAACCAAUUAUUGCUGAACUUGAACAACCAGCAAAAUUCACUUGCACCGUAGUCGGUAAUCCUGUACCUGAAGUAACUUGGUAUAGAAACGAACAAGAACUUCAUGCAAGUGAAAAAUACAUUAUGACGAUCUUUGAAACAACAGCAACAUUAGAAAUUACCAAGGUUAAAGAAGAAGAUGCUGGAAUGUAUUCUUGUAGAGCAUCCAAUCCGGCAGGAGUUGCAACGUCAACAGUGAAUCUAGUCAUCUUUGAAAAAGAAGAGGAAGGUGUUGCUCCUCACUUCCCAAUACCAAUCAAACCACUUAUGGUCGAAGAGCACAAACCAGCAACGCUUGAAUGUAUUGUCACUGGCACACCAAUACCCGAAGUUAAAUGGUAUCGCAAUGAAAAUGAGAUCAAACCGAAAAAAGAAGAUACGGAAAUAACAUUUAACCCAGAAACGGGUGAAGCUAAAUUAACAAUACUCAAACCUAAACCCCAAGAUGAAACGACUUAUCGUGUACGUGCAGUAAACAAAUUUGGACGAGCAGAAUGUAGAGCUAAUUUGGUUAUUAGCAACAUUGUUAAAGUAUCUAAACCAGAAAUAAUGCAAGCACCAACGAUAACGAAACCAUUGCCAGCAUUGGUCGCUGAACGUGGUAAACCAUUGAAAUUAACAGCCGAUUUCGAAAGUAAACCAAAACCAGAAGUUAAAUGGUAUCGCAAUGGAAUCGAAAUUGUACCUAGUAAAAAUCGUGUUAUUGAAAUUUACGAAAAUACUACGGAAUUAUUGAUACCAGAACCAGUUAAAACGGACGGUGGAAAAUAUGAGGUGAGAGUUAAAAAUCCUGCUGGUGAAGCACGAAGUUCUGGUUCUGUUACCAUCAAAGAACGUGAAGAUAAAACUGAUGAGGUUAAAGCACCAAGAUUUAUCGAACCCUUGCAACCACAAAUAGUUGCAGAAGGUGAAGUUGUUAUCAUGGAAGCUAAAGUUGAAUCUUAUCCGAUUGCAUCGUUCCAAUGGUUUUACGAAGGUCGUCCACUCGAGUCAACUGCACAGAUGAGAAUAGUAACGAAAGAAAACAGAUCCUUGUUACUCGUGAAAGAAAUCAAACCAGAAUACGCAGGAACGUAUACCUGUCGUGCAGAAAAUGUUGGUGGUUCAGUUACCUGUACAGCAACUGUUAAUCUUCUUGAAACAACCUGGGAAGAAGCUACCGAAUUAAUAUCACCGACAUUCGUAAAAAGAUUAUCACCUGUCAGAGUGAUGGACGGUGAAAGUGUUAAUUUGACAUGUGUUGUACAAGGUAAGCCAAUUCCAAAAGUUGAAUGGUACCACGAUGACAAGUUAAUCAAGGAAGGAAAAGAAAUAACAAUUUGGCAAGAUACCGAAGGUGUCUGUAGUCUUGCAAUUACUGAAGUAUUCCCGGAAGAUGCUGGUCAAUACACCUGUCGUGCUAAAAAUCCUAUUGGCGAGGCUGUUUGUACAACGUCACUUAUCGUCGAAGCAUAUGAGUACGUACCAGAUUCUGAAAUUGCAUCGUCGAUCAUUGCAACGUCACUUACCACAGGACAAAGUGGUUCAGAAGAGGAUCUAUUAUCGCCAAAGGAGACACCUCUAUUCGAUACGGAUACAGAGGAAUCAGCUCCAGAAAUAAUAAAGAAACUUCCUCAGUUAAUUCCUACCAAAGAUGGUGAAUUAACCAGAUUGGAAGUUAAGGUCAAAGGUAAGCCAAAGCCAGAAGGAAAAUGGUAUAAGCAAGGUGUGGAAAUUGUAUCAUCUCAAGAAUUCCAAAUCGAAGAAUUUGAAGAUGGUACUUCAGUGUUAACGAUAACAGAAACUUAUCCAGAUGACACUGGUGAGAUUGUAUUCGAAGCUCAUAAUCCACUUGGUGUAUCCACAACUACCACAUAUUUGUCCGUAGAAGGUAUUCUUGGAACGAAAGAUUAUAGAAAACCAGAAUGGGUUACCCAGAUGGAAGAAAUGCAAGAAGCACUCAAAGCCACGCAAUCCAUACCACGAUUUAUUCAAGAAAUAACAGACGCUUAUGUUAAUGAAGGAGAGAAGGUUGUAUUUGAAUGCUUGUAUUCCGGUAAUCCUGUUCCAGACGUUGUUUGGUACAAAAAUGACAAAAUGAUAAUGAAUACGGAAAAUAUUAAAAUUCGUAUAAUCGAUCAAGAGAAGAAAACAACGUUGACAGUUUUAAAAGCAACCAGAGAUGACGAAGCUAAUUAUGUUUGUAAAGCUACCAGUGAUAUUGGUUUAGCAAUAACAAAAGCAAAAUUACGUGUAACCGGUACUGAAACUGAUUGGAAACCAAUGUCGGAGGAUGAAACCGAAGAGGUUGUUGAAGUGAAACAAAAGAAAGUACCCAAAAAGAAGAAACCAGAAUUGAAAAAGGCCAAGGAAUCGAAGGAAAAGAUUAAACCAGAACGUGUUAAAGUUGACAAAAAAGAAAUCUUUACAGAAGAACUGUUAGAUACAGAACAACCCGAAGACAGAAAAAUUGUUGAUAUCGAAGAAACCCAAGUAUUGGAAAGUGCAACAACGUUUGAAGAAAGAACGAAAGAGGUAUCUCGUGCUAAAAAGAUCGUACCAAUUCAAGAACCAGUGAUAACUGAAGCAACAGCAUCAAUGAAGAAAAUCGAUGACAAAAAACCACGAGAAAAAGAUUGGCCCAGAGAAAAAGCAAAACCUGUCAUCGACGAACGUGAAAGUACAUUGAUAGUUUCAGAAAUAAGACCGGAAGAUGUGACAACUGAUUUCAAAGUUGAAAGAACAAUUGAUCGUGCUAGAGAAACAACAACCACUGGUGAAAUAAUGGAAACAAUUUCUGUAUCAGAAAUUCGUACGGAAAGUGACGUACAAGAGAUCAAACGUAUUGAAACUAAACAGAAGAAAGGUAAAAAGGUUACGAGUCAAGAAAUAACACAGGUGAUCAAAACUGAAGAAAUGAUUGAAGAAAAACCUAAGAAAAAGAAGAAAGGUGAAAAGAUGAGAAUACGUGAAGAAAUAACUGUAGAAGAAAUCCUUGAAAAAGAAAGGGAACACAUUGCCAGAGAAGUUGAAGAAAUUCUCGAGGUACUUCAAGCGAAAGAAUUUGGACCAGGUGAAACUCCAUUGAGAGAAUUAGCAACGAUUGGUUAUCUCGUACGUCAAGGUGUUUCUGUUACUGAAAUAAAUGAAAGUCUUUACACUACCGACAAGUUUCCAGCAUUGAGAACACCCGAUGCACAAAAUGCAUUAGUCCAAUUGGUAGAACGUGAAGGUCAUGGGCCUUUGAUCAGUCAAGUAUUAACAGAAGAAACAACUACUGAUGAAAGUAUCGUAGCAGCUACUAUUGGGUUCAGGGCAUUUAUGAGAAUGAUCGAAUUGCAACAUGCAACUGUGGAGGAAGUUAUUACUCAUUUUGUACCUGAAGACUUCCGUCCACGUGCUUGGGAAGUCACUGAAGUGACUGAGGUUGAAACCGAGCAACACGUUAUGGAAAGAAUCGAUGCCGUCCAUAAGACAGAAGUCCAUAUCAUGGAAAGAAGAGAUGAGAGGAAAGCCAUUCACAAACAGGAUAUUCAAGAAAUUAAAGAAUACGAGGACACACGGCAGGCACACACAACAACACUACGCAAGCGAAAAGAUAGAAAACCUCAGGAUCGGAUUGAAGAUAAACCUAAGGAUGAUAGGGAUGAGGUGGUAGAGGUAGAGGUAGUAGAAAUCGAGGAAAUCCAAGAUAUUGGAAAGGAGAAGAAGAAGAAGAUAAAAGAGGACGUAGAAGAAGAAGAAGAAGAAGAAAUAAUUGUCAUUGAUAAGGAUUCGAAAAGCAGACUGAUUCCAAAAGAUAAAGUUGAUAUCAUUAAAAAGAUAACAGAUGAGAAAGAAGAUGAACAAAUUGAAACAGAACAAGAAAUAAUAGAAAAAGAUAUGAUUGUCAAACGUAAACAGUUGAAAGCAAAGAAACCGAAUAUCGGUGAAGAUGAAAUACAAUUGGAAGAAGUUGAAGAAUUUGAAAUAAAACGUGACAAAUCAAUGCCUUCUGUCAUAUUGAACGUACCUGGUCAACUUCACGAAGUUGUAUCAUUUAAUCGUACAGUUGAACAAGCGCCAGGUAAACCCAAAGUUGAAAAAGCUCAAUUAGCUGUUGACACAGUCAGUGCACUCACCGAACAUCUUCAACCUGUACAAGAAAAAGAAAUUGAUAGUGUUGACGUUAAAAAACCUGCGGAACAAAAAGCAUCUGUUACAGUUUCAAUGGUUGAACCAUAUUCUACUACAGAAACAAAUGUUCAAGCUAGUGCAGGUGAAUUUGUAGAUAAAUUUAAACCCAAUACUUAUGAAGCUACUCCAGGUAUUACACCAUCCGAAAGUUUAAUGGUAAGUGAAAUAUUAACCAACGAUGCUGAUUUAUCUGAUUUAACUUUGAGCAAACCAGAAAUCGCUAGAACAGCUGACACCAGUUUGACGUUGCAAGAAGCUAAAACAAUUUCGGAAACUUUGGUAAGUCAAAAUGAAGUACCAACGGAAGAUUUUGUUUCACCACUUACGGCUAAAGCUGAGGAUAAUUUCUUACCUCAAGUUGGGCUAUCAGUUUAUGAGGUACAAGAAGGUUUGGUUGAGGAUAAACUUGAAAUUGUUAAAAAUAUUCCUACGAAACCUAGGGUCAAUGUUACUGCAACCGAACCGCUUAUUGUAGAAGAAGUUUGUGCUGAGGAUAAACCUGGAAAAUAUUAUCCAGAAUUGAUAGUACCAACUGAAGUAGCAACACAAUCGAUCAUAGCACAAAAACAAAGAAUCACCGAAGAAUUGCAUGCACCUGAAAAGGAAGGUGAAUAUGUUCCAGAUAAAUUGCCACCUAGUCAGAAAGCACAAAUUGGUAUUUCUUACGAUAACGAGACAGCCAUAGUUGAACAAAAUGUAAUUCAAGAAAGUGAAGGUAUUUUUGUUCCUGACAGAAAAACAGAUACAUUUGAAGCAACUGAUAAAAUUACCUUGUUGGAAGGUGUAACAGUGUCAACAGUUGACACUCAUCAAAAAGAAACUGAUUUUAAAGUUGAAGAAAAUAAAACGGUACAAGCUAAUUUAAGUGUCAUCGAAAUAACAUCAGCUACUACCGUAGAAACAAUUACUUCAGAAAAAGAACAAGAUUAUCAACCAGAUGAAAAACCAAUUACCAAACUAGCCGAAACAUCAAUAUCAACAUUAGAAAUUGGCUCUGUCACUAGUACGAUGGUACAAGAAUCGGAAGGGCCGUACAGCAUCGAUCAAAAACCAACAGCAUUCUUGGCAGAAACUUCGGUUAGACCUGAAGAAUAUUUGCAAAUAUCUCAAGUUGAAACAGCCGAUUAUCCAUCAGAUUUUAAAGAUGAAUUAAAAUACAUAUCCGAAAGUGGUAACUUAACUGUAGAAUUAACAGAAGCUAAAAUCAUACACGAAACACUUACACACGAUAAAGAAUCUAAAUUGGAAGAAACGAUGAAACCAGAAGAACGUACAAUUGCAACUUCAUACGAUGCAAUGCGAGGUGUUGAAAUUUUCCAAACCACUUCGAUAGAAAAAGAAAGUGAAUUGAAGAUAUUCGAAUUACCAGAAUCCCAUCACGGUAAAACUGUGCCAACUCAACCGGUUGUUUCUCUACAAAUCGAGGAAACACAACCUGAAGAUAACGUGGGUGAAGUUGUCAAAGAAAUUCCAUCCUCUGCAGUAGCUGCAGUUGGUGCUGUAAGUUUACAGGAAACCAUUGUAAAAGAAACGGUAACAGCUGAAGGAUUAGGUCCAGUAAAAGAUGACCAAGUUGUUGAUAUGAAAAAAGCUGAAAUAUCAAUCGAUGAAAUUGAAAGUGUUCGUACAACUAUGAUCGUAACCAGUGAAAAAGAAGCUGAGUAUACCACAGUAACUGACGUUAAAGGUGCAUUUGCAACGACAGAUUUUGUAACGCACAAUGCACCGAUAUCUGAGGAAGUUAGAACUGAAUCUCCAACCAAUGAAUUUGUUCCUCAAGAAAGACCAGCAUCAAGAACAGCUGACGAAUCACGGAUACCUCUUGAAAGUAUCUCAGUAGAGGUACAGGAAACUGCUGAGAAAGAGGACAUUUAUAAUAUCGAUGUAAAACCAGAACAAAAAAUUGCUAAUGUGGAUUAUACUGAAGCUAAAAGUGGAUUGAGUGUUCUUGAAAUUGUGACACAUGAUAAAGAAAUGACGUAUGCUCCUACGGAAAAAACAAAAGAUUAUACAGUUCAGACAUCAAUAACUGGUCAUACCAUAGCAUUACAAUCAGAAACAAUGAUACAACAAUCUACUGGUUCCAUAAUUGAUGAUAUUCCUAAAACAGGAAAGGCAAUUCAGCAACAAGAAGCUUUGGAAGAAUUGAUCGUAACUGAAACUAAUAUCGCGGAAACGGGUAAACCAAGGGAAAUGGACGUACGUCCUGUUGAACAAAGUGCUGAAGUUGAAUUUUGUACGAGACCGGAAACAUUAAUGGUUAGUGAAAUUACAGCCAUGUUGAACGAAGAAAAAUUAUCAAUCGAGGAAGUACCGAAAGAACGUAAAGUUGCUAUGAACAUCAGUGAUACUCACGAGGUUGCAGAAAUGCAAGAAACAAUUGUUGCUAGUAACGUGAACAUUCUCAAGGAAGAUAAACCAAAAGAAGAAAGUGCAACUCAAGAACAAAGUGGAUUAAAUAUCGUACAACAAACUGAAGUAUCAGUUUCCGAAAAGGAAUCACCAUUGGUGGCUGAUGUCAAACCGGAAAGCAAAAAAGUGGGAGUUACUUUUGAAGAAGGUGAAGGUCUUGAAAUUGUCAUGACCCAUCCCGAGGAAAAAGAAGGACAAUUUGACAAGGAAUCUAAACCAAAAGGUAUUGAGGCAAACGUUGAUAUUAUCACUCAAAAUGUGGCAUCUACCUUUGAGAUAAUAAGCGACACUGAUUUGUCUAAAUUAUCAAUCGAACCUACCAAAACUGCACAAUCAUCAACAACUUUCUUACCAUUUGAAACAACCAUUUCUGAACAAGUGGAAACUACGGAAAAGGAAGCACCAUUGUCAGAAAUCCAACCAUCCGACAAAAAAGCAACACUUGAAUUCAUCAUGGGUGAAAGUGUCAUAGUUUCAUCGGUAAUACCGGGUGACAAGGAAAGUACUUUACCUAAAGAAGAAAAACCAGAAUCAAAAUCAAUAAUGUUUGAUAUACCAACACAUGUUGUAGCUGAAACAAGUGAAACAACCACCACAGAUAACAUUGGUGAUUUCAAACGUGAAGAAGUAACUUCCGUUACAGCUACCACGGAUCACGUUACAUUCCGUAGUUUGAUAACAUCAGAAAUAUCCACUGGUGAUUUAGAACAACCACUUCCAACGUUUGUCAAACCUGAUGAUAAAAUGGUCAACGUUACUUUCGAUGAAGAACACGGAGUAACCAUAUUAGAAACCAUAACGUCUGACAAAGAAAAAGAUUAUACACCUGCAGCACUUAUUGAAGGUGAAAAAGCAAUAACAUCAUUCGAUGCUCACAAAGUUGCACAACAGACAGAAAUAACCCCAGCAACGCAUCCAGGAAUUUUAGACAUCUCAAAGCAUCCCGUUGCUGAAGCUAAAGAGGAACGUUUACCAUUCGAAAGUAUCAUACAAUUGGAAACGAUUAUCACAGAAACUGAAAAAGAAUUUCAAGAGAAACCUGUUAUAGGUAACAAAGCAGAAAUUGGAAUAAACGAAUUUAUUUCUGUGACAGAAAGUACAGAAAUUGCUGCACACAAAGAAGCAAUUCUUGAGAUUCCAGAUAAACCAAUCGAAAAGAAAGCAGGUGUUCAAAUAAUAGGUCAUCCAAUAGCUGAGAAAGAAGAAAUUAUGGUAGACCUUAGUGUUGGAAAAGUUGAAGAUUCUAAAACGUUGACAGUAAUUGCAACACCUUCGAAUGUUCCAUUAGAAACAAUUGUAACUUCAGAGAUACAACCAUCAGAAUCUGAGACACCAUUAACCAAAGAUAAAUUACCUAUGCAAGCAACAGCAGAAUUAGCAAUGGAAGAGGAACAAAGUAUACAAAUAUCAACAGUUAUUACUGAAGAUAAAGAAAAUGAAUACAAACCUAAAGAAAUGCCUGAAGUAAAGAAAGCAGGAAAAACUUACGUGGAAGGUCACACGGUAGCUGAAACAAUGAUGCAAAUUGUCGAUCAUACUACUGCAGAAUUGAUCAAAGAAAAAUUAUCUAUGUCAACUGUGAAACCUGAACAUAUACCAUUGUUACCACUGAUCGAAUCUCAACCAAUCGUUCAAGAAAGUGAAGAUCAAUUCUUACCAACGACAAUACCAGAAAAUAAAACAGCUAACGUUGGUUUGGAAUACGGUAGAACAACUGUCACAGUAUCUCAAGUGACUACCAAUGAAAAGGAAUCCAUUUAUGUACCUGAAGAACAACCAUCGAAACAUUCAGCUCUUCGUGGAAUUGAUUCAGGUCAUGGUAUUGCUGAAACAACUACAAUAACUACCGAAGAUUCGGUUGGUGAAGUUCAUGUGAAAAAACCAGAUACAAAAACUGCAGUUCCUAGUCAAGAAGUGCAACAAAGUUUGUUGAUAACUCAGGAUAUUCCUCAGGAUCAAGAAACACCCUUCGAAGGAAAAUUCAAACCAACCACACACGAGAUUCACACGUCGAUAGAAGAAGGUAAACGUGUUAUAACUGUUACGGAGGUUAACAUAUCUGACAAAGAAGAUAUUCUUACAACUGUCAAAGAUAGAAGUCAAGAAGCUGUACCCAGUAUUAUUACUGGACACGAAGUUGCUGAAAAGACUGAAAUAAUAACUGAUUUGAGUACUGGUAAAUUGGAUAUAAUCAAACCAUCCUCAGCUGUAGCACAAAUUGGACAAAAACCUUACGAAACUAUUCAAUUGACCGAAGAGAUUUUAGGUGAAAAAGAAAUAGACACGGUUGAGAAAAUCUCGUUAACUUCAACUAAAGCACGUGUUGCAUUAGACGAUAAUAGAUUCAUUGCAAUAACAGAAGCUACAGUUACGCAAGACGUUGAAUCAGAACUUGUUUUGGAGAAGAAACCUGCCGAAAAAACGGCAAUACCUUCGUUAGAUGCUAAAGAAGUUGCUGAGCAACUUGAAGUCAACUUACGUGAAGGUCUUGGUACGUUACCUGAAGCAACAAAACCAACUGUAUCGGAAGCCCAUCGUACUCAAUCUAUAUUGGAAUCAAUAAACAUCAAUGAAACAAUUCCCCAAGAACAAAGUUCAGUAAUUUCGGAUAAAUUGGAACUGGACAAGCGUAGCGCUGAAAUUGCUUUUGUUGAAGAAAAAAGUUUAAUAAUUGACACCGUGGUAACUCAGGAUAAAGAAGACAUAAUGACAGUACCGGAAUAUACUCAUGGUACUGCACAAAUGAAAUUAACUAGAAUUGGAAUGGACGUUGCUGAAACAUCUGAAUUAUUGAUAGAACAAAGUACCGGUUCUGUUAAACCAUUUGAAAAAAUUGAAAUGAAAGCUCACCCAAAACAAGACACGUUAGAGCCAUUAAUCAUCGAAGAUAAUCCUAGCGCUGAAAGUGAAGGUUUGUUUGAUAAAUAUCCUAAAACAAUUUCGAGUACUGCAAAUACAAUGUUUGAAGAGGGUCAUAGUAUUUCAGUAACUGAAGUGACCUCAGCUGAGAUUGAAGAAUCUUUGCAAACCAAAGAACUUGGCCCAUCUCAAACAGCUUCUUCAACAAUAAUUACAGAACAUGGAAUGAUCGAAACAACUCUUGUAGAAUCUCAAGUCAAUAUACCUGAAAAGGGCACCAAAGAUCUAAGUGUCACACCCCAAAAAGCAACAGCUCAUCGUGAUACGUUUGAAAGUAUCAUCGUUGAACAAAAAUUAGUCGAAGAAAGUGAAAAAACAUUCGAAGGUAUUUUCAAACCAUCGAUGCAAAAAGCAGACAUUGAUUUCCAACAAAACAAACCUUUGCAAAUAUCCGAAAUUAUUUCGGAUGACAAGGAAGAUGUGUUUGAUGUUGCACCUAAACGACAAGGGGUCAAAGCUACAACAGAAAUUGGAUUAUUCGAAACGGUACAAAAAUCAUUGAUAGAAGGUGUGCAAAAUGUUGAAGAGAUACAAAAAGAAGAAACAAUUUCAUCUCAAGCAACUUUGUCGCAAAUACCUCAGGAAGCUGUUAUAGAAACGGAAACAACAUUAGGUGAACGUGAGGAUACAUUUGAAGGAAAAGAUUUUAAACCAACCGAACAAAAAGGAAAACCACAAUAUGAAGGAUUGAGUACAGUUACGAUUACCGAAGUUAUUUCAAACGAGACUGAAGAUAUUUUACCAGAAUCGACAGUUCCAAAAGAACAAAAAGCUCUAGCCAAUUUAUUAAGCAAAGAAGCUAUUGAAACAUUACAAGUAUUAACUGUUGGAACUGCUGAAGAUAUAACAGAAAAUCUUAAAUUCGAAGAAAAACAAACGAAAGUAGAAGUUGAAGAAUAUUCAAGCGUAUCAGUAUCUGAGAUAAUCCUAAACGAAACGGAAGAUACAUUGUUGCAAAAAGAAUUGCCAAAAGAUCAAACGGCACAAUUUAAUAUUUCCGGUAGAGAAGUAGCUGAAACAACUGAAGUAAUGAUCAGCACAGAAACCCAAGAUUUAAGUACGAAAGUUCCGAAAGAAGAAAAAGGUAAACCGGGUUUGGAAGAAUUGACUCCUUUGACAGUUUCACAAAUAGUUUCGAACGAAGCUGAAACAACAUUGCCAACUGCUGAAAUGCCAUCGGAAAAGGUUGCUCAACCAAGUUUGUUGGGUAGAGACAUAGCUGAAACAAGUCAGGUGUUUACCAUGACGAGUGCUGAACAAUUGGUGUCACAGCAAGAACCUGAAAAGCAAAAAGGUAAACCAGGUUUAGAAGAGUUGUCAUCGUUGACAGUAUCCCAAAUAAUAUCUCACGAAGUUGAAGAAACAAUGCCUAGUCCAGAAGUUCCUACUGAAAGGGAAGCCCAACCGAAUAUCUUUGGACGGGAUGUAGCUCAAACGAUGCAAGUUUUGACUAUGACUAGUGCUGAACAAUUGAUCGAAUCCAAAUUACCUGAAGAACAAAAAGGUUAUCCAAGUUUCGAGGAAUUAUCACCACUGACCAUUUCACAAAUAUUGUCCAAUGAAAUGGAAGACACAUUGGCAACAUUGGAAAAACCUGCUGAGAAAACUGCACAACCAAGUUUCUCUGGCAGAGACGUGGCACAAACCAGUCAAAUAUUAACCAUGACCAGUGCUGAAGAAUUUUCCAAAAUUGUUAAACCUGGUGAACAAAAAGGUAAACCACAAUUAGAGGAAUUAAGUUCAGUAUUAGUUUCCCAAGUGGUUUCUCAUGAAAGUGAAGAUGUUUUACCAACUGCAGAAGUACCAAAUAAAUUUAUGGCAACGUCUAUGCUAUCAGGAAGAGAAGUUGCUGAGACUACUCAAGUAUUAUCAAUGAGUAACACCGAAGAAUUAGAUAAACCUGAAAUACCAAAAGAACAAAAAGGUAAACCACACUUCGAAGAAUUAACGUCAGUAUCAGUGUGUCAAAUAGUAUCCAACGAAUCAGAGGAAACUUUGAUAAGUCCAGAAAAACCUGAUGAAAAGAUAGCAAAACCAAUGUUACUUACAAGAGAGGUAGCUGAAAAAACUGAAAUCUUAACUGUCUCAACUGUAGAAGAAAUGCCAAAAUUAGAAAAACCAGAAGGUCAAAAGAGGAAACCAGAAGUAGAAGAAUUCAGUUCACUCGUAGUUUCUGAAGUUAUUUUCAACGAAGCUGAAAAAACUUUACCUAGUCCGGAUGUACCCACGGAACGUAAAGCAUUCCCAAAUAUGUUGAGUGUGGAAGCCACUGAAAUAUCCGAAGUUUUAACAGUAACCAAUGUAGACCAAUUAGAAAAACCUAAACUACCUGAGGGACAAAAAGGUAAACCACAAUUGGAAGAAUUAACAUCAUUAUCAAUAUCAGAAGUUGCUACCAGUGAAUUGGAAAAAGAUCUUCCAACACCGGACGAACCAACGAAACAAACGGCAUUGCCCAGUUUGUUCGGCAGACAGGUUGCUCAAAAAUCACAAGUCAUAACGUCAUCUACUACUGAAAAUCUUGCUGAAAUCACUACACCAGAAACUAAAAAUAUAAUUCCUGAACAAAUACCUUACGAAACGUUUGAAGAAAUUCAAACAGUUCCGCAAGAAAGUGAACGUAAUCUUGUUAUUGAUAAAACCGUAUCAAUGGCAACUGCUGAAGUUACAUUCCGAACUUCUGAAAGUUUCCAAGUAACUCAAAUCAUGACCACCGAAAAAGAAACUAAACAAGAAGAUAAAGAAACGAUUAAGGAAGUUAGUGCAUUACCUGACGUUGUCAAAACUGAAGUUGCAUUGAAAACUGAAAUUCUUGUAGAAGAUACAACCUCAGAAUUUAAAAUAUCAAAGCCUGAAAGUAAAAAGGCACGUGAAUUGGAAGAACCUAAAGAAAGUAUCAUUGUCACGGAAUUGGGAAAUGUUGGAGAAUGUGAAUCAGUCUUGCUAGAAUCCAUAAUGCCAUUAACAAAGGUAGCUAAUGUGUCAAUUGAAGCUGAUCGUCUGACAAAUGUAAUAGAAACAACAGAAGCACCAGUGCAACAACAUGACACCAUAAUCACAUUACCACACAAAACAAAACAUACCAUAACAACACAACCAUCGUUCGAAUCUGAUACCGAGGUGACUGAAGAAUAUACAACGAAAUUUAGACGUGGCAGCAAGGAUGAAGAUACGGCAGCUAUUAAAACUAAGAAAACAAUAAUAAGAAAGAAGAAACCAAUUUUAGGAAAAGAAGAAGAAAAUAUUGUCGUAAUUGAAGAAGAAUUGGAAAAUAUUAAAUCAACCUUACCACAAAUACCAAAGAAACAAUUUAUGUCGAUUGAAGAGAUAACAGAUGUUGUUACUGAAGAAGAAAUAAUACCAAGUAAAAUUGAAGAAAUUGAAGAAAUUCCACUUGACGAUGAAAAAUUACCGGAAAAGGAAGUACCUAAGAAGAAAGAAAGGAAAGAAAGUUUCGUAACAGAGGUUACGAUUGAGAAACCAAUUGGGACAGCAACUGAAAUGCCUGAAGAAACGGUAGAAAUUGUAGAAACACCUACGAAAAAAGUAAUAACGAAAAAGAGAGUGAAAAAGGAUCAACCAACUGUUAUAGUUCAAGAGAUUAUAGAGAAAUCAGAAGAAGAGACGAAGAUUAUGGAACAGGAAAAGAUAGUUGAGAUAACUGAGACUCCGACUAAAAAGAUUAUCAAAAAGACAAAGUCUCGAAUUACUGAGGCUGGAGUACCAGAGGAAGUUGUGGAAGAGAUUGUUAUUGAAAAACCAAAAGAGGAACAAGCAAUACCAAUUUUGGAAGAGUUAGAAAAAGCAAAAGAAGAGAAGCCCGAAGUAAUUGAGGUGAUAGAAACCCCAACAACUAAAAUAGUUAAAAGAAAGAAAAAACCAACAAAGAAAGGUGAGCGUGAAAUUAUAACACAAGAAAUAAUACAGAAAAGACAAGAUGAAGUCGAGCUUAUGGAAGAACAACAAAUCGUAGAAAUCACUGAAACACCAAAGAGAAAAAUAAUCAAAAAGAAAAAGACCAGAAUCACUGAGGCUGGUGUACCAGAAGAGGUUGUAGAGGAGCAGGUUAUUGAAAAACCAGAAGAAGAACAGGCAAAACCUCUUUUGGAAGAACUAGUAGCCCCGCAGGAAGAAAAACCAGAAGUGAUAGAAAUCGUUGAAACACCUACAACUAAAAUAGUGAAGAGGAAGAAGAAACCCACGAAAAAAGGUGAACGUGAAAUUAUAACACAGGAAAUCAUACAGAAAACGCAAGAUGAAGUCGAGCUUAUGGAGGAACAGAAGAUAGUUGAAAUUACAGAGACUCCCACGCGAAAGGUAAUUAAAAAGAAAAAGACAAGGAUUACUGAAGCAGGAGUUCCAGAAGAAAUUGUAGAGGAGCUGGUUAUUGAAAAACCAAUAGAAGAACAGGCAAAACCACUUCUGGAUGAAUUAGAAAAACCAAAGGAAGAGAAACCCGAAGUAAUAGAAAUUAUUGAAACACCAACAACUAAAAUAAUUAAAAGGAAGAAGAAACCCACAAAAAAAGGUGAACGUGAAAUUAUAACACAGGAAAUCAUACAAAAAACACAAGAUGAAGUCCAACUUAUGGAAGAACAACAAAUCGUAGAAAUCACGGAGACACCUAAGAGAAAAAUAAUUAGAAAGAAAAAGACGAGAAUUACUGAAGCAGGUGUACCAGAGGAAGUUGUAGAGGAGCUUGUUAUUGAGAAACCAAUAGAGGAACAGGCAAAACCACUUCUGGAAGAAUUAGAAAAACCAAAGGAAGAGAAGCCAGAGGUAAUUGAAGUGAUAGAAACACCAACAACACGAAUAGUAAAGAAAAAGAAGAAACCCACUAAGAAAGGUGAGCGUGAAAUUAUAACACAGGAAAUCAUACAGAAAACACAAGAAGAAGUCGAUCUUAUGGAAGAACAACAAAUCGUAGAAAUCACUGAAACACCAAAAAGAAAAAUAAUCAAAAAGAAAAAGACCAGAAUUACUGAGGCUGGUGUACCUGAAGAGGUUGUAGAAGAAUUGGUUAUUGAAAAGCCAGAAGAAGAACAAUCAAGACCUAUUUUGGAAGAACUUGUAACUCCGAAGGAAGAAAAACCAGAAGUUGUAGAAAUUAUUGAAACACCUACAACCAAAAUAAUUAAAAAGAAAAAGAAACCAAUGAAGAAAGGUGAGCCUACAGUAAUUACUGAAGAGAUUAUACAGAAAACACAGGAUGAAGUUAAAAUAAUGGAAGAUCAACAAAUUGUAAAAGUUACUGAAACACCAAAAAGAAAAAUAAUCAAAAAGAGGAGAAAAAUAAUUACUGAGGCAGGUGUACCAGAAGAGGUUGUAGAAGAGCUGGUUAUUGAAAAGCCAAUAGAGGAACAGGCACAACCACUUUUGGAUGAGCUAGAAAAACCUAAAGAAGAGAAGCCUGAAGUAAUAGAAAUCAUUGAGACUCCUACAACAAAAAUAGUUAAAAAGAAAAAGAAACCCACGGAAAAGGGUGAGCGUGAAGUUAUAACACAGGAGAUCAUACAGAAAACACAAGAUGAAGUCGAUCUAAUGGAGGAACAGAAGAUUGUUGAAAUUACUGAGACCCCAACCCGCAAGAUUAUUAAAAAGAAAAGGACAAGGAUUACUGAAGCUGGUGUUCCAGAAGAGAUUAUAGAAGAACUGGUCAUAGAAAAACCGAAAGAAGAGCAAGCAGUACCACUUCUAGAAAAAUUGGAGAAACCAAAAGAGGAGAAACCAGAAGUAAUAGAAAUCAUAGAAACACCAACAACACGAAUAGUAAAGAAGAAGAAAAAGCCAUUGAAAAAAGGUGAACGAGAAAUAAUAACACAAGAAAUCAUUCAGAAAACGCAAGAUGAAGUUGAGCUUAUGGAAGAACAGAAAAUUGUUGAAAUUACUGAAACUCCAACCCGCAAGGUUAUUAAAAAGAAAAGAACAAGAAUUACUGAGGCUGGUGUACCAGAAGAGGUUGUUGAAGAACUGAUUAUAGAGAAGCCGAAAGAAGAGCAAGCAGUACCACUUCUAGAAAAAUUAGAGAAACCAAAAGAAGAGAAACCAGAAGUAAUAGAAAUCACUGAAACACCUACAACGAAAGUAAUUAAGAGGAAAAAGAAACCUACGAAAAAAGGUGAGCCCACAGUAAUCACAGAAGAGAUUAUAAAGAAAACACAAGAUGAAAUCAAAUUAAUGGAAGAUCAGCAAAUCAUAGAAAUUACUGAAACACCAACACGGAAAGUUAUUAAAAAGAAAAAGACGAGAAUUACAAAGGCAGGCGUACUAGAAGAGGUUGUUGAAGAACUGGUUAUUGAGAAACCAGUAGAGGAGCAAGCAAAACCACUCCUAGAAGAAGUGGAGACACCAAAAGAGGAAAAGCCCGAGGUUAUAGAAAUUAUCGAAACACCUACAACAAAAAUAGUCAAAAGGAAAAAGAAACCUUCCAAGAAAGGAGAACCCACAGUAAUCACAGAAGAGAUAAUACAGAAAACACAAGAUGAAGUCAAAUUAAUGGAAGAUCAGCAAAUCGUAGAAAUUACUGAGACCCCAACUAAAAAAAUAAUCAAAAAGAAAAAGACGAGAAUUACAAAGGCAGGUGUACCAGAAGAGGUUGUUGAAGAACUGGUUAUUGAAAAGCCUAAGAAAGAACAAGCUAAACCUUUUCUGGAAGAACUAGAGAAACCAAAAGAGGAGAAGCCUGAAGUAAUAGAGGUGAUUGAAACGCCAACAACAAGAAUAGUAAAGAAGAAAAAGAAACCUACCAAGAAAGGUGAGGCCACAGUAAUCACAGAAGAGAUUAUACAGAAAACGCAAGAUGAAAUGCAGAUAAUGGAAGAUCAACAGAUCGUAGAAAUCACAGAAACGCCAACACGAAAAGUUAUUAAAAAGAAAAAGACGAGAAUUACUAAAGCAGGUGUACCCGAAGAGGUUGUAGAAGAACUGGUUAUUGAGAAACCAAUAGAGGAACAAGCUAAACCUCUCUUAGAAGAACUAGAAACAGCGAAGGAAGAAAAACCAGAAGUAAUAGAAAUCUCUGAAACACCUACAACAAAAAUAAUUAAGAGGAAAAAGAAACCAAUGAAGAAAGGUGAGCCAACCGUAAUUUCUGAAGAAAUUAUACAGAAAACGCAAGAUGAAGUUCAAUUAAUGGAGGAACAGCAAAUCGUAGAAAUAACUGAAACUCCGAAGAGAAAAGUAAUUAAAAAGAAAAAGACAAGAAUUACUGAGGCAGGUGUACCAGAAGAAGUAGUUGAAGAGAUUGUCAUUGAAAAACCAGAAGAAGAACAAGCUAAACCUCUUCUGGAAGAACUUGAGACUCCAAAAGAGGAGAAGCCAGAAGUCAUAGAGGUAGUUGAAACUCCUACAACAAGGAUAGUCAAAAAGAAAAAGAAACCAACUAAGAAGGAUGAGCGCACUAUAAUAACACAAGAAAUCAUACAGAAAACUGAAGAUGAAGUUAAAAUAAUGGAAGAUCAGAAGAUUGUAGAAAUUACAGAAACACCAACGAAAAAAGUAAUCAAAAAGAAGAGAACAAGAAUUAGUGAGGCUGGUGUUCCAGAAGAGGUUCUAGAAGAAAUUGUCAUUGAAAAACCAAAAGAAGAACAAGCAAAACCACUUCUGGAAGAACUUGAGACUCCAAAAGAGGAGAAGCCCGAAGUAAUUGAGGUGGUUGAAACUCCUACAACAAGGAUAGUCAAAAAGAAAAAGAAACCAACUAAGAAGGAUGAGCGCACUAUAAUAACACAAGAGAUUAUACAGAAAACACAAGAUGAGGUUCAGCUUAUGAAGGAACAGAAAAUAGUUGAAAUUACUGAAACCCCAACAAAAAAAGUAAUCAAAAAAAAGAGGACGAGGAUUACGGAGGCUGGUGUACCAGAAGAAAUUGUGGAAGAAAUUGUCAUUGAUAAACCGAAAGAAGAACAAGUUAAACCUCUUGUCGAAGAACUUGAAACCCCGAAAGAAGAAAAGCCAGAAGUCAUUGAAGUAAUUGAGACUCCUACAACUAAAAUAGUUAAAAGGAAAAAGAAGCCUACAAAGAAAGGUGAACCUACUAUGAUUACUGAAGAAAUCAUCCAAAAGACUCCAGAUGAAGCAAGGAUCAUGGAGGAUGAAAAGAUUGUAGAAAUAACUGAAACUCCAACAAAAACAGUUAUCAAAAAGAAAAAGACGAGAAUCUCCAAAGCUGGUGUACCAGAAGAGGUUGUAGAAGAACUGGUUAUUGAGAAACCAAAAGAAGAAAAAUCAAAACCUCUUAUGAAAGAACUGGAGUUCCCGAAGGAGGAAAAGCCAGAAGUGAUAGAAGUCGUUGAAACACCUACAACUAAAAUAGUUAAGAGAAAAAAGAAACCAACGAAGAAAGGUGAGCCUACUGUGAUUUCUGAAGAGAUAAUACAAAAAACGCAAGAUGAAGUCCAGUUUAUGGAGGAGCAGAAAAUUGUUGAAAUUACUGAAACUCCAACUAAAAAAGUAAUCAAAAAGAAGAAGACCAGAAUUACCGAGGCUGGUGUACCUGAAGAGGUUGUGGAAGAGCUUGUCAUUGAAAAGCCUAAGGAGGAACAAGCUAAGCCUCUUCUGGAAGAGCGUGAAACUCCGGAAGAAGAAAAGACAGAAGUUGUAGAAAUUAUCGAAACACCUACAACUAAAAUUAUUAAAAAGAAAAAGAAACCCACGAAGAAAGGAGAACCUACAGUAAUUACUGAAGAGAUUAUUCAGAAGACUGUAGAUGAAGCGAAGAUCAUGGAAGAUGAAAAGAUUGUAGAAAUAACUGAAACGCCAACGAAAAAAGUUAUUAAAAAGAAGAAAACGAGAAUCUCCAAAGAUGGUGUACCAGAAGAAGAGGUUGAAGAGCUUGUAAUAUUGAAACCAAAAGAAGAACAAGCUAAACCACUUUUGGAAAAACUUGAAACUCCUAAGGUAGAAAAACCAGAAGUGAUAGAAAUCGUUGAAACACCUACAACAAAAGUAAUUAAGAGGAAAAAGAAACCCACCAAGAAAGGUGAGCCCACAGUAAUCACCGAAGAGAUAAUCCAAAAGACUCCAGAUGAAGCAAAGAUCAUGGAAGACGAGAAGAUCGUAGAAAUAACUGAAACUCCAACGAAAAAAAUUAUUAAAAAGAAAAAGACAAGAAUCUCCAAAACUGGUGUUCCUGAGGAUGUGGUGGAAGAGCUUGUCAUUGAAAAGCCUAAGGAGGAACAAGCUGAGCCUCUUCUGGAAGAGCGUGAAACUCCCGAAGAAGAAAAGCCAGAAGUUGUAGAAAUUAUCGAAACACCUACAAUUAAAAUUAUUAAAAAGAAAAAGAAACCAACGAAGAAAGGUGAGCCUACUGUGAUAACGGAAGAGAUUAUCCAGAAAACUGCAGAUGAAGCGAAGAUCAUGGAAGAUGAAAAGAUUGUAGAAAUAACUGAAACACCAACGAAAAAAGUAAUUAAAAAGAAAAAGACGAGAAUCUCCAAAGCUGGAGUACCAGAAGAAGUGGUUGAAGAGCUUGUAAUAGAGAAACCAAAAGAAGAACAAGCUAAACCUCUUUUGGAAAAACUUGAAACUCCAAAGGAAGAAAAACCUGAAGUGAUAGAAGUCGUUGAAACUCCUACAACUAAAAUUGUUAAAAGGAAAAAGAAACCCACCAAGAAAGGUGAGCCCACAGUAAUCACUGAAGAAAUCAUCCAAAAGACUCCAGAUGAAGCAAAGAUUAUGGAAGACGAGAAGAUCGUAGAAAUAACUGAAACUCCAACAAAAAAAGUUAUUAAAAAGAAAAAGACAAGAAUCUCCAAAACUGGUGUUCCUGAGGAUGUUUUUGAAGAACUUGUAAUAGAGAAACCAAAAGAAGAACAAGCUAAACCUUUUCUGGAAGAAGAUAAACCUGUACAAAUUUCAGAAGUCCCAAUAGUAGAAAGCACUGAAACUCCUACUGUAAAGAAAAAGAAGAAGAAGGUUCCCAAAAAAGAUGAAAUUGAAGAAUGGGUUGAGCCAGAAUAUGAAAAACCGGUUCUGGAACCAAUGCCUGAGAAAAUAGAAAGAGUUCCAAAAAAGAAGAAAGAAAAGAAACCACUUCCUCCAGAAUUACAAAAAUUAAUUCCACAGAAGAUCGAACGAAAAGAAAUAAAACCAACUAAACUCCAAUAUUCUAAACCUGAAGAAACUGUACAAUUUGGUACAGUAAAAUUACGAAAAGUUACAGUACCAAAGAAGAAAGAAACUAAAGAACCAAAAUUACCUAGAAUUCUAUUACGAAGUCGAAUCACAUUUAUUGGUGACUAUCCACCAGAAAUACAGAAACCACAGAUCACAUUACUCGAAGAAAAUCCUAUUCAAGUUGGUGUUCUAUCGAGAAACGUGGAAGAAGCAAUGACGGUAUUGAAGAGAAAGUUCAAGAAGACCAAAUUACCGGAAAAAGUAAUUACGGAACUUGAGAAGUUGGACCAAGAAUUUGAAAAAUUGAAAGAAAUUCCUUUGGAAGAAAUAGAAGACAAAUCGAUUUACGAACGUAAACCGAAAAAGAAGAAGGAAGAACCGGAGGAACCAAAGAAAUUGAUCAAACAGAAAGGUAAAGUUCCUGAAAAGGAAGAACCCCAACCUGAAGAAAUUAAAUUAAAGAAAGUACCCACAAAAGAAGUGGAAGAAACAGAAGAGACUCCAAAGAAACCUGUGAAAGAAGUUGAAGAAAAGGAAGAACCAAAAGAGAAGAAACGAAAACCAAAAGUAAAACUGGAACACGAAGAUUUCAAACCAACCGAAUUUGAUAGACCGGAACUUGAAAAGUAUGUACCAGAAGAAAUUGAGAAAUCUGAAGAACCAAAACCAGAACCGAAACCAAAACCAUACGUUAAAGAAAAACGAAAGAAACCUGAUCAAGAAAUCGAAGAAGUUCCAAUUAUUCCRGGCAAACCAAAAUCACCUGAACCAGAAGAAGAACCUGAGGUUAAAUUCAGAAUACCGCAAAAAGAAAAACCUGAAGAAGAGCCUGAAAAGAUAAAAUUAAAAGGUUGGAAAAAAGGUAAACCAGAAGAUGAAAGUACAGAAAAAUUCCCUGAAAGGGAAGAAGAAGAAAUUUCGAAACUUCCAAAAGAUGAAACGGAAGAUGAAGUAACGAUACGUAAAACAAAGUUGAAAAAACCUAAGAAAAAAGCUGUCCCAGAGGAAUCGGUUGUUGAACAAAUUCCUAAAGAUAAACCUAAAGAUAUCGAACAAGUGGAUGAAGAUAUAAUCACAGAAGAAAUAAUAGAUACAGUUGUGGUAAGGAAGGAAAAGAAAAAAGUUGAUGAUACACAAAAACCUGAAAAAGUAAAUGGCGUACCAUUAGGAAGUUGAAGAAAAGGAAGAACCAAAAGAGAAGAAACGAAAACCAAAAGUAAAACUGGAACACGAAGAUUUCAAACCAACCGAAUUU